UAACAGCCAUGGAUAUAUCUGAUGAAAUUCAUUCGCGACCUCCAUAUAAGACUAGAAGUGCAUCUAUAUCUGCACCAGGUCACUCCAGUAUGGAAACCAUCAUAAAUCCCCCAAGUGGUGGGGGUGGUACUCCAGAGAGUGGUACGCCUGGAUAUCGUCGACGUCGUCAAGCCACCAGAUCACAAAGUGCCCGAAUUACAGCACCAAGAAAUUUAUCAUAUCAUGUCGUGUCUGAUGACAAUUUCGAACAAAAUCCUUCUCACGAAAUACAAGAAGAGGUCCGCAAAAAGGCAAUGCAACAACAGGCACAACAAAAUUUACAAGAUAUCAAAUCACAUUGCACCAGUGAACCAAGACUUAAUGAAACAGAAACGCCACAAACUCAUCGUCGGUACGGCUCAACCAGACGUGCUACACAAAAUUCAGUAGUUAAUAAUAAUAACAGUGUUAGAAAGUCAAACGUUUACUUGGAUGUACCAACAAUGAACAUGCAGCAUUUACAAGUUAGUGAUCCGGAUAUUGUUCGCACAUUUAGCUCAUCUAAUAAAGGUGUUGUAAAUCGUGGUGAUUCGUUUCGUCGACGACGUUCCCGAAGUAACAGCUUAGCGCCUGUUAGUCCAAUGCAAGCAGUGGAGGAUCUAAUGGUACCUUCUGGUCCCGAAGAAACAUUCAAAGUAUUGAUGCUUGGAGGAUCGGAGGUCGGUAAAGCUGCCCUGUUAGCUCAAUUUAAAACGUCUGAAUGUAUAAAUGCAUAUGAUGAGGGUGGAAGAGACUCCCCAGGACUCCAAAACAUAUCAAUCAUACUUAAUGGAAUUGAAUCAGAACUGCAAUUUGUAAAAGAAACAUUAGAUAGCAGGGAGGAAUUAGAGAGUGCCGAUGCGUUUUUGGUAGUGUAUUCCGUAGUAGACAAGCCUUCCUUCCAGAAAGCAGAACAAAUUAUCAUGGCAUUGACUGACAUGGAUUUAAGUAGAACUCGACCAAUUAUUUUAGUAGCGAAUAAAAUUGAUUUAGCUCGUUCAAGAGCCAUUUCUUCCCAAGAUGGUCGUUGCUUGGCUUGUACUCACAGAACAAAGUUCAUAGAAGUUUCUGUAGGAAUAAAUCACAAUGUAGAUGAACUUCUUGCUGGAACACUUACACAAAUCCGUUUGAAAAAGGAACAAAAUGCAUUACAAGUAAGCAAAAUUAUAAUGUUAGAAGAUGAUAUGAUAGAAUUUUUUUUACAGGCUUCUAAAGAUCCAUCGGGACAUUGGUACAAGAAUCGAAAUGUAGUUCGAGCUAGCAUGAAAGCUCGUCAAAUGGUUAGUUGGAUAUUUGGCAAAGAAGAUUCGAAAUUUCGGAAUUGCGAAAACUUACAAGUGUUAUAAUGUUCAAAUAACAGAAUUCAAUAUGAUCCGUAUGAUGAAAAAAAU